CAAAAGCUCUCAGCGCUGCGGUCCAAUAUAGCGCAUGCGCCCUGCCCGAGGACUGGCAGAGAGACGGCAAUAUGGCGAGAAUGCCUGGCAGCGGGGACUGUAACACCAGCGCGGGCGGCAGCGCCAGCGCCGCCGCCGCCGCCGCCGAGAACAAUGGGGAGCGGGGCGAGGGCGAGCGCGGUGCGGGGGGCCGCGGCCGCCGCCACGGCCGCCCGCACUACUGCAGCGCGGGCGAGGAGGAGGAGGAAGAGGAGGAGGACGACGAGAUCCAGGAGGUGCAGAUAACGGGGGACGAGGAGGAGGAGGACGGAGGUGGGGGGCUGGAGGAGGACGAGGAGGAGGAAGAGGAGGAGGAAGAGAUGGGGCUGGACUGGGAUGAGCCCCUGGAGCCCGAGGACUCGGCCGGGGAGGAGCUGGAACCCGAGCCGGUCCAUAUGAUCAAUAUGGACCAGAGCGCCGCGCUGGAGCCCGAGGCGCCGCCGCGACUGCUGGCGCCCCGGGCCCGCGGCGGGCCGCCCGGGGACAGCGCCGAGCUGGACCCCGACGUGCUGCAGCGCCCCGAGCGGGCCCGGCUGAGCGAGAACACCCGGCUGGCCACCCGCUACGCCGUGCGCAUCUUCCGGGAGUACCUGAGCGAGAAGGCGCAGAGCCCGGACUUUGAGACCAUGGACAAGGGGGCGCUGUGCCGCGUGCUGCGCUCUUUCUACGCCGAGGCCCGUUCCAAGAGCGGCCAGCUCUACAGCAAGUCGUCGCUCAUCAGCAUCCGCAGCUCCCUCAACCGCUACCUCAACGAGCCCCCGUACUGCCGCACGCUCGACCUCACCAAGGACCCCGAGCUGCGCAGCGCCAACCUGACACUGGCCGCGGUCAUCCGCAAGCUCGAGGAGCAGGGCGCCGGGCCCGUGGUGCAGAAGCAAGCCAUCACGCGUGCCGACCUGCGCAAGCUCUACACCUCCAGCGUCUUCAGCACCAACACGCCCUUCGGGCUGCUCAACAAGGUCUGGUUCGAGACGUGCAUGUACUUCUGCACGCGCGGCCGCGAGAACCAGCGCGAGCUGGAGGAGGACUCCUUUGGGCUGGCUAUGGACGAGGACGGCCGCAAGUUCGUCUACUUUAAGUCCCUCGGGCCCUACCACAAGUCGCGCUCGUCGUCGUGGAGCAAGAAGCGUGCCGAGAGUAGCGACGAGGAGAACUUGCCCCGCAUGUACGAGACGGGCACCGAGUUCUGCCCCUACGCCAGCUUCGUGAAGUACCUGUCGAAGCGCAACCCCCUCUGCAAGGCGUUCUUCCAGCGGCCCCGGGACCACUGCAGCGAGGGCGAUGUGACCUGGUACGAGAACAAAGCCAUCGGCAAGAACUUGCUGGGCACCAGGAUGCAGAUGCUCUCGAAGGCGGCCAAGCUCUCCAAGACCUACACCAACCACUGCAUCGGCGCCGUCUCCAUCGCCACGCUCAACAGCAUCGCGGGCAUCGGCACCAAACUGGGCUCGCCCGCCCCGCAGGGCUGCUACGCGGAGGCUCUGAACGGGGCUGCUCGCCACCACUCCCACCAUCCCCCCACCCAUCCCUCCCACCACCACCGCCCCCAGCCGCCCUCGCUGGGGAACACCUAUAUCCUCCCCAAAGACAGCCAGGUCGGGCCCGACGUGAAAUCCGAGGCUGCGCCCAAGCGCGCUCUGUACGAGUCCGUGUUCGGGUCGGGGGAUAUCUGCGGCCCCUCUUCCCCCAAAAGACUUUGUAUCCGCCCCUCGGAGCCUGUGGAUGCGGUGGUGGUGGUUUCCGUGAAACACGACCCCCUGCCUCUUCUUCCAGAAGCCAAUGGGCACAGAAGCACCAAUUCUCCCACAGUAGUUUCACCUGCCAUUGUUUCCCCCACCCAGGACAGUCGACCCAAUAUGUCAAGACCUCUGAUCACUAGAUCUCCUGCAUCUCCACUGAACAACCAAGGCAUUCCUACUCCAGCACAGCUCACAAAAUCCAACGCACCCGUCCACAUUGAUGUGGGCGGCCACAUGUAUACCAGCAGCCUGGCCACCCUCACCAAAUACCCCGAAUCAAGAAUCGGAAGACUUUUUGAUGGUACAGAGCCCAUUGUUUUGGACAGUCUCAAACAACAUUAUUUCAUUGACAGAGAUGGACAGAUGUUCAGAUAUAUCUUGAAUUUUCUACGAACAUCAAAACUCCUCAUUCCUGAUGAUUUCAAGGACUAUACUUUGUUAUAUGAAGAGGCAAAAUAUUUUCAGCUUCAGCCCAUGUUGUUGGAGAUGGAAAGAUGGAAGCAGGACAGAGAAACUGGUCGCUUUUCAAGGCCCUGUGAGUGCCUAGUGGUGCGAGUCGCCCCAGACCUCGGAGAAAGGAUCACGCUCAGCGGUGACAAAUCCUUGAUAGAAGAAGUGUUCCCAGAGAUCGGCGACGUGAUGUGUAACUCUGUCAACGCAGGCUGGAAUCAUGACUCAACGCAUGUCAUCAGGUUUCCACUGAACGGCUACUGUCACCUCAACUCGGUCCAGGUCCUCGAGAGGUUGCAGCAGAGGGGAUUUGAAAUCGUGGGCUCCUGUGGAGGAGGAGUAGACUCGUCUCAGUUCAGUGAGUACGUCCUGCGGCGGGAGCUGAGGCGGACACCCCGUGUGCCCUCCGUUAUCCGGAUAAAGCAGGAGCCUCUGGACUAAAUGGACAGAUUUCUUAUGCAAAAAGGAAAAAAGAAAACCGUACGCAACAAGUAACACAAACAAAAAAAGGGACAUUUAUGUGCAGUUGGGACAGCAAACCAAGUCCUGGACCUAAAAUUGAAUAAAAAGACACAUUUAUAUCCAA